CUCGCAAGGUUUGAAGUUCUCGCCUAAUGCUCCACGACCAAUUGCGAUGUUGUCUUGUUCUUGUUUAUCCCACCGUGGCUCCGCGAGCCGACCUAUGCCCGUCAUCAAGGAAGGUCAGUCGUAUGUAUAUAUGUGGGGUGGAACUGCGUCCAUGCGCGCAAGGAAUCGAUCGCCCCCACAGCAGCGUCGCUCUCGCCGAGGCUCCACCCCAGCAAACAAGGCGACGUGCUUCCCGAAUCACCGACAAAUGGGUGGGACAUAUAGAACAAUCAACAGCGAUGGGCCCGCGGCAAUGGGCAUGGGUAACCCAUCAAUCUGCGAGCCGACCGCCCAGAUUGGUGAACAGACUUGGGAAUUCGGACACAUGCACGACCCUUUCAUCGCGAAGAAGCAACAUGGGGGAAGCAAAAGGAAACAUCACAGCUCCACCGUGCAGGGAUGGAUGUCGUGGUUCUCUCUCCCUGUCGAAGGCUUGCCGCGCCCUAUGCGAACGCCAAGCGCCCGCUCGGGCCCCAAAAAUCUUCGACACAAAUCCUCAAGGGUGCUCCGUGCGGAUCGACCCGUGCCACUCGCCAGCAUGCUGCCCCGAGUUGCCUUCCUGCGGCCUCUCGCCGGCGUGGCGCGCGCGGCGCCCCCGCAUGCCCCCCGCAUACCCCGCCGCCGACAGCGCAGUCGGCGCUGCUGGGGCGAGACGGGGCGGGACAGCCUCACCUCGCGGAAGCGAAUGGGCCGUCGCCUCUGACGCCUUGCUUGCUCGCCGCCCAGCGAGCCCAGCGGCCCGAGGCGCUGUCGGAACGGCCAGCCGCCGUGCACCGAGGCACGCAACCCCGAGGCACGGAGCGGCAGGCCACCGGGUCAGAUUCCGAUGCAAUCCUCUGCCAUGUGCGGAAAGCUGCACAGUGCUCUUCGCGACGUCCAGAACCUCCAAUUUCCGCGUCCGUGGCGGCCUCCUGAGCACCUCGCUCCCGUGGCGGGGCCCUGCGCCUCCUGGGAAGGAGUCCUUCCCCGAAGCGCGCGCGGGCAGGGGCGAGCCUGGAGUGCGGCCCGUCGACCUGCAACUGGGCCCCCAGGAAAAAAGACGCCGGGGCUCGACCCCAGCGUCCUCUCCGCGGGGUGCUGGCAGAGGAACACAGGAUACAGGGUGGACAAGCACGAGCUGGUGUGAGGACGGGGAGGAACU